GGCCUAUAUAAGCUGGGGUUGCGGCGUUAACGUUCGCAGUUCAUUUGUUUAGCGGACGGUGAAGGUUACCUGCUUCAACAGUGCUUGAACGGAAACCUUCUCUGUCUCAACAUUUGAUUCUAUCUAAUUUCCAUCGAGGGAUUUUUUUGAGUCAUCAACUAGUUUAGUCUACUAGUCGCUUAGCUCGCGCGCUAACUUCUUUGCUAACAUCAAGACCGACUCCAUUAAAUCACAAGCAUGAGUUCUCAGGUGAGGCAGAACUUCCAUCAGGACUGCGAGGCCGCCAUCAACCGGCAGAUCAACCUGGAGCUGUACGCCUCCUACGUCUACCUGUCCAUGGCGUACUACUUUGAUCGGGACGAUGUGGCGUUGUCCAACUUCUCCAAGUACUUCCGUGAGCAGUCGCAUGAGGAGCGUGAUCACGCUGAGAAGCUGAUGAAACUGCAGAACAAGAGGGGAGGAAGGAUCUUCCUGCAAGAUGUCAAGAAGCCAGACCGGGAUGAGUGGGGCAGUGGUGUCGAGGCUCUGGAAUGUGCCCUGCAGCUUGAGAAGAGUGUCAACCAGUCCCUGCUGGACUGCCACAAGCUCUGCUCCACUCACAAUGACCCGCAUCUGUGCGACUUCAUCGAGAAUCACUAUCUGGAGGAGCAGGUGAAGGCCAUCAAGCAGCUGGGAGACUACGUGACCAACCUGCGCCGUAUGGGAGCCCCUCAGAACGGCAUGGCUGAAUAUCUGUUUGACAAGCACACUCUGGGCGAGCGCAGCUGAACGUGUCCAGAUCUGCAGCCGCGUCGCCUGAAACGAUCACUUGUGCUAAUUUAGCUGCUUCACAUUGUGUUCAAGGCUGUUGCAUGAAAAGUUGUCAUCAAUACUUUGCUCAUGUCGUCUUUGCUGCGUUUUGUCAAAUUGAGCUCAAAUAAAUUGAAUCCCUCUA